CAAUAAGAUCAGACGGUUGAGAAGCUCCAAGAACUUGGUGAGAGAUCAUUUCACUUUCCCCCAACCACCACCACCAUCUUUCACUGACGUCGAAAGUAGUACUGCUCAUUCAAACCUCCAUCACCACAUUCUUCUCUACAUUCUCCUAUUCUUCUUCCUAGAUCUUCUCAAUCUAGCUCCAUUUUUGGAAGGGAAGUUAUUAUGCAAAUUCCAUAGCCUAUUUCAUCUAGACCUUUUCUUUCCUCAACCACAUAUAUCUAUACACACUACACGUAUAUUUUAUUUGGCACAUAACUCACAUGGCUUCACUACCACCUCCUCUAACCUCUCUCCUCUUUCUCACCCUAGCUUUGAUUCUCAUAUUCGUUACGCCAGCAUUUUCCAUCUCAAGACGAGCUCUUGAUCAUGGUCAUGACCACCUGAUGAAAGAUGGUUUCAGAAUUACUCUCAAGCACGUCGAUUCAGCUGGAAACUUCACCAAGUUUGAGCGUUUAGAGCGCGCAAUGAAGCGUGGGAGGCACAGGCUCCAAAAAUUCAGUCAAAUGGUUUUGGCAGCUACAGAUUCAGACAUGAAGUCCACCGUUUUUCCUGGAAACGGUGAGUUCCUAAUGAAGUUAUCAAUAGGCACCCCACCGGAAUCCUACUCAGCGAUUUUGGAUACCGGUAGCGACCUUAUAUGGACUCAAUGCAAGCCUUGUCAACAAUGUUAUGAUCAGCCCACGCCGGUGUUUGAUCCGAAGAAGUCCUCCUCUUUUUCAAAAAUGGCAUGCUCUAGCGACCUGUGCAACGCCCUACCAACCUCAAGCUGUGGCGAUGGAUGCGAAUAUCUCUAUAGUUAUGGAGAUUAUUCCUCCACCCAAGGUAUUUUGGCCACUGAAACUUUUACUUUCGAUAAGGUCUCGGUACCGAAAAUAGGGUUUGGUUGCGGCGAAGAUAAUGAGGGAAGUGGGUUCAGCCAGGGCGCAGGCCUGGUGGGCCUAGGACGCGGACCCUUGUCGCUUGUCACCCAGUUGGGUAAGCCCAAGUUCUCAUAUUGCUUAACUUCUAUUGAUGAAAAUAAACCUAGCACCCUCUUCAUUGGCUCCCAAGCAAGUGUGAAUACAUCAAGUAGUGGUGAGGAUAUCAAAACCACCCCUUUGGUUAAGAACCCAUCACAACCCUCUUUUUACUAUCUCUCCCUUGAAGGAAUCACAGUUGGUAGCACUAACUUGCCUAUCAAGAAAUCCACUUUUGCUCUCAAUGCUGAUGGGAGUGGAGGCCUAAUCAUAGACUCCGGCACAACCAUUACAUAUUUGGAGGACAGUGCUUUUGCUCUUGUCAAAAAGGCAUUCACCUCUCAAGUAAAGCUUCCGGUGGACACAUCCGAUUCCGUCGGGCUCGAUCUUUGCUUCUCAUUGCCAUCCGGUGCCAGUAGCGUGGAGAUACCCGCGCUGGUUUUCCAUUUCGCGGGUGGUGCGGAUUUGGACUUACCGGGCGAAAACUACAUGAUCGCGGAUUCGAGUUUGGGGGUGAUGUGUUUGGCGAUGGGGGGUUCAAGUGGAAUGUCCAUAUUUGGGAAUGUCCAGCAGCAGAACAUGUUGGUGGUGCAUGAUUUAGACAAGGAAACCCUAUCGUUUUUGCCGACGGAAUGUGACACGUUGUGAUCUCUUUCUUUUCUGAUUUGAUCUUGUACGUUAUGAUUUCUGUGUGUGCUUUAGGGUGGUUCUACUGAGUUGGGUUUUUAUAAUUUGUUUUAGUAUUUUGAAACCAUUUGCUUGAAAUAAACUUGCCGUUGUGACUUCUCAUAA